AUGGAUAGUUCUGCGCUCAAUUGGGAACCGGGAACUGUGCACCUUUUGCCCAAAAAACCCGGACAAAAGGGGCGCAUUCAAGUCCACUGCCUGGAGGAUGCAUGCAUCAUGGUCCGAGUUCCCAGUGGUUCCAUAUCCGAGCAAAUCAGCGGGUCGCUUCCUGCUUCAGACACCAGCUUAAAACAGUAUGCCGAGCAGACAGCGGCAUCCAGAGAAAAAAGUGCCACCUCAGAGACGAGCGCGCCUUUAAACGACUACCGCUAUGAGGAUUGCGAUGAGGAGGAUCUAGGAGAUGAAGCAGCCGGACAGUCCAAGGAGAAUUUGGCCUUUAAUGACUUUGAGGAUUGCACCCAGUUCCUCGAUCCUGUCGCGUUUGCCAAAGAACUGGUGAACACGCUGGUGGCAGACUCAGAAGAGCAAGUGGAAGUCCAAGAGGAGACGCGGCAAUCGAAUGUCGCCGAGCAGAGUGAACCACGCCUGACCGGGAUAAUGGAAGGGUUCAGGGAAUCAAUGGAAUUCUACGUGGAAAAGAAGGAGUCCGCAGUGUCCUGGCCGACCAUCGGCGAUUUCACCGUCCAGCUGGGCGCUUUUACCAUCGACGAAUAUCUCUCGUCCUUUGAGACUGAGGAGGACUGGAUGUACGUGAUUUACUAUGAGGGAAUGGACGACAUGCAGGUCUCGGAGCUGCACCGCUACCAGGCCAUCUACAGCCUGCCCACCUGGAAGUACCCAAUAGCGCAAGCUACAGCCAGUGUAUUUUUCACCAUUGAACUUUGCCAAUCCAAACCGUCUCAUUGCCUGGUCGAUGUAAGCCAUCAGAAAGGGGGAAAGGGCCAAGGCAACUCUAUUAGGUCAGUUAUAGGUAUGAGACAUUCAGGCAAGUGCACAGGCCCGGAUAUUUGGACUUUCAAGAGAAGUGGCUGCACUAUAUUCUGGAUGCCAAGAUCAAACUGUUUCAGACUGUUACUUACUAGGUGUGGCAAUGGUUUCAAAUAAAAUUUUGAAAAAUG